CCGCGAACAUCUUUCCCGCGAAAUUUGCCCGGAAGUUGAAGAUUGCUCUUUCUAACCUGUUUCUAACCUUAUCAGAGGAACGGCAGAACUCCGCACGUGUAUCAUCCACAGUUGACAAUAAUAAUUUCCAACGAUGAGUGAAGACACGAAUGGAGAGCCAACAACCUUAAACGGGGUGCAGAGCGAGAUGCCUGUUGUGACCAGUGACGUGCCCAUUGGGAAGAGGGAGGACUACCUGGAGUGGCCCGAGUACUUCAUGGCGGUGGCUUUCCUGUCUGCUCAGAGGAGCAAAGACCCCAGUUCUCAGGUUGGGGCCUGCAUUGUGAACCCGGAGAAUAAGAUUGUGGGCAUCGGCUACAACGGGAUGCACGGGUGCAACGAUGACCUGCUACCCUGGGCACGUGCUGCAGCUGACAGGCUGGACACCAAAUAUCCCUAUGUGUGCCACGCCGAGCUGAAUGCCAUCAUGAACAAGAACUCCUCAGAUGUGAAGGGCUGCACCAUCUACGUGGCCCUGUUCCCCUGCAACGAGUGCGCCAAGCUCAUCAUCCAAGCAGGUAUAAAGGAUGUGAUUUAUUUGUCAGACAAGUACCACAGCGCUCCAGAAAUGACUGCCUCCAGACGACUGCUUAACUUGGCGGGAAUCAAAUACAAGCAAUUUGUGCCGCGUCGCAGCAAGAUUGUCAUUGAUUUUAAUUCAAUUAACCACUCUGGAGGGACGAGCCUGUUGGGGUGACUGGGUGAGCCUGGUCUCCUUGAGCGGGCGCGCGGCGACGGCAACGGCGGCGGCUCUUUGACGGCCCUCUCCACGGCACUCUUCGUCUGCCGCCACUGAUGGCUUCUGUUCUCUCCCUCUCCACACAAUCACAGCGCUCACAAGCACCGCAUCUGAAGAAGCACCUCUGACUCGGAGACGGCGUGGAGUGUUUUGAUAUUUCAAACGCGCCUGCUUUUCUCUGGGAUGUUAAUCAGUUUGGGAGGGGGCUGUGGGUGUGUGGGUGUUAGUGUGAGUGUGUAUGGGUGUGUGUUUGUGUGCGAGUGUGAGUGUGUGUUAGUGUGCGAGUGUGAGUGUGAUUGUGAGAAUGAGUGUGUGUGCACUUCUGGCACCUGCUGUAAAUAAACAAGUGGGAAUUGGGAGGUGGCAUUAGGGAGGUGAUGUUUUUAGUCUCUUUUACUUUCUUUUAGUCUUUUAACUUUUUAAAAGGAAAUAUUUUAUUAUUUCAUAAAUUGUGUUUUUUUUUUUCCUGGUACUAAAAGCUUUGUGGUGUAAAAGGUGGCAACACUAUACCCAAGGAAGAUGGCCAGCUGCACACUGUUUAUCCACCUCAGUCACUUUGUAAAUGGUUGGAUUUGUGGCUAUUUCUUGGCCUUGGCACCGUAUUUUAUGACAGCAGGUGUAAUGCUAUUACAUGAUCUCACACAGCGAUCACUGAAGUGCUUUCCUUUCUGAAAUUGUUGUGUUUGACUCCUAACAGCCAGGUUCAGUCAGAUGUAGUCGGUGCAUCAUGUUUAUUGGGAAGGCGUUGAUGUGAAUUGCUGACUAUUCUUCAUUAAAUGCAGUUGCUCACCAAGAUACAGUGUCUGUGUGACUACACUACUGCUGUGACAAAAUAAACUUGAAAUC